AUAUACACAACAAUACCUCUUUACUUCUCUCUCUCUCUCUCCUCUCUUCCUCUUUCAGGUUGUGGUGGUGUAGGUGUCCUCCUUGUCCUAUGUGGGUGGUUGAAGCUCUCCUCUCCCUGUCCCAGAGACUGUAUCUGCUACACCUCUCCCAGCACCGUGUCCUGUCAGGCGCAUAACUUUCUGUCUGUCCCAGAGGAGAUCCCAGCCCAGAGCGAGAGGGUCUUCCUGCAGAACAACAAGAUCCAGCGUCUGCUGCGAGGCCACUUCAGCCCCACCACGGCCAUGCUGUGGCUUUACUCCAACAACAUCUCCUAUAUCCAGGCCUCCACCUUUCACGGCUUUGCCCGCCUGGAGGAGCUGGACCUGGGGGACAAUCGUCACCUGAGGGCCCUGGCUUCAGAUACCUUCCAGGGGCUAGGCCGGCUACACGCCCUGCACCUCUACCACUGUGGUCUUCUCAGCCUGCCAUCUGGGAUAUUCGAGGGGCUCAGCAGCCUGCAGUACCUCUAUCUACAGGACAACCAGUUGGAGUUCCUGGAGGAUGAUCUGUUUGUUGACCUGCUGAACCUCAGCCACCUCUUCCUCCAUGGCAAUAGGCUAUGGUCUCUCCACCAGAACACCUUCAGGGGUCUGGGGGUGCUGGACCGUCUCUUGCUGCACCAGAACCGUCUGCAGUGGGUCCACCGUCUGGCCUUCCACGACCUGCAUCGCCUCACCACCCUCUACCUGUUCAACAACUCUCUGACUGAGCUGUCUGGGGCCUGCCUGGCUCUGUUGCCUGCUCUAGAGUACCUCAGACUCAACGACAACCUUUGGGAGUGUGACUGCAAGGCCCUGCCGCUGUGGGCUUGGCUGCGGAGGUUCCGGGGCUCCACGUCGUCUCUGGGUUGCGUCUCUCCUCCAGAGCUUCAGGGCCGGGACCUGAAGGAGCUGAGGAAAGAGGAACUACCCAGCUGUUCAGCAGGAGAAACCCAGGGAGGAGGUGUCAUAGGCGGGGAGGCCGAGCUGGGGGAGUCCCUGAAGAAAGAGGAGGACCAUCGACUCCAUCACAGGAACCACAGGCACCGCCAUAACCACCACCAGCACCCACACCUCCCACACGGGGAUCAGCACAACGGGGACCUGUCCCCCUCGCCCCUACCCCUGCCCAGGCCGCCCAAGGGGAGCCGCAGGAACUGUACCCGCAACAGGGGGCGUAAGGGAAAGGGAGGGGGUCAGGGGGGCUUGAAUGAGGUGCAGACACUGAGGGAGGGGGAGGAGAAGGACAACGCCCCUGGAGGGGGUAAACACGACCCCUCUGCCCCCACUCGCAGGAGGAACAAGUGUGUCCCUAGGACUUCAGUUGGACCGCCGAGCGGGGUCAAGAGAGCCAAUAGUAAUGCAGCGUCCUGCUCCACUGGGACUUUUCUCUGUGUCCUAUUGGCUGGGCUGCUGUCACUCACUGCUGUGAUCCUCCUCUGAGACUGAAAGGAGAGUGCUUUAUAUCAACCCCUACAAUACAGUACACACUCCUCUGAAUGUCAGACCCACUCUGGCUCCUGCACUGAGGUGUGUGUGUGUGUGUGUGUGUGUGUGUGUGUGUGUGUGUGUGUGUGUGUGUGUGUGUGUGUGUGUGUGUGUGUGUGUGUGUGUGUGUGUGUGUGUGUGUGUGUGUGUGUGUCUGUGUGUCUGUGUGUGUCUGUGUGUCUGUGUGUGUGUGUGUGUGUGUGUGUGUGUGUGUGUGUGUGUGUGUGUGUGUGCGUAUGUGUGUGUUUAAAUGUACUCUGUGUACCUGUAACAUAUGGCAGGGAAGUUCUUUGGGAGUCAUAACUGAAACGUAACAGGUUAUCUGUCGCUAUGAUGUCAUAAGGGGGAGUAUGAUGUCAUAAGGGGGAGUAACAGUCUGUCACAUCCAGAGUUCUGAUUGUGUGGUUGAUCAAAUGAACUGAUGAUUUAAGAAUACACCUACUGCUACAGCCAUAUCACCUGAAAGGAUACCUCAGCACAGACAUAUGAUAAGAUGACCCUGACACAGGUUGUUGCCAAACUGUAUAAACAUCCUUAAAAACACGAAUCCACUGGCUUCUGUAAUCCUGUGUUUGUAACCCAUGUAAGUACAGUGUGGUUUGUGUGAACAGUCUCCAUGUCUGUCUUCCCACUUUAAAACAAGCCAGAAAGAGGAGAGUGAGAAUUAUGGAAUGAGUAUAUGGAACCCUAGCUGUCCAAUGAAGGGUUGAGAGAAUGGAAAAACUCCUGCUUUAGAUGCAGUCCUCACUCUGGAGAUUUCUGAACUAAAUGAUGGACCUGAAAGACUGAAAAUGAAACACUCUGAUUCUACUGAACUGCUGCUAUGUCUGAGGAGAGAGAGCUCUGGAACUCUCCUCGUCAUUCUGGAACCUUCAAUGUUCUGAAAUCUUCAUGGUUCUGGAACCUUUUUCAAUGUUCUGAAACCUUCAUGGUUCUGGAGUCUUCUUCAGGAUUUGGAACACACAAAAACAUGUAAUGGAGAGGUGAUACAGGG